CCAGCUUGCAAAUAUUGUCCCCUAGCACUGAAGGAACCGUAUCCUACCCCACGGACAAUCAUGCCCAAGAACAAAAAGGCCAAAACCAAGCACUACAGCUCGAAAAACAGCGCCGAGCCAAGCCAGGCUGAAAUCUGGGACGAUUCAGCGUUGAUCAGGUCAUGGAACGAUGCCGUUGCUGAAUAUGAAUACUACCACAGCAUUCACGCCAAGGGCGAAGACGUCGAAGAGAUUCUCCGCCGUGCCGAGGAGGGUGACCUCGACCACACUAUCGCCGAAACCGAGAAACGAGUCUCCAGCGAAUGGCACGACGUCAACUCCCAGCGCGAUGCGACUGUAGUGCCACUGCCGGCUGAUGACGAAGCCGAAGACGGCGAGAUCGAAGAUGAAGACGGUGCACGCGAACUUGACGACGAGCUCGCUGCUGCGAAGGCGGCGUUGGGUGUGAAGGUGCAAGGAGAUGCUGCCGGACAACACAAUGUGAAGCCUCCUACGAAUGCUACUCAAGAAGACAAUGCUCGAUCAUCGCAUGGCCAGCACUCGGCACAACCAUCGGUACCGUCUAUUGGACCACACUUGCCCACAGCGACCUCGACGAGCGACCAAGCUCCACCUGCAGACCAGACGCUCGAAAACAUCAAAAUGGCGUACUACUGGGCUGGAUACUACUCGGGUCUUUACGACGGUCAGCGACAAGGGCAGGCAAAUGCCAAUGUAACAGCACAACUUGCGACACAUGAUGGGCACCCAACAUGACGGCUCAGCUCCCAUUUGGAAUUGAGAUGAGCGCAACGAACGAGACCAUCAAUCGCUCCUAGGCCGCAUCCAUCAAAUAUCGAUCGGAUGCAUAUUAUCGGCCAACUAGAUAUUGGAAUGUUGUGUAUCGAAUCCAUGCCCCGGCCUGCACGGAAGUCGCGCUGCAAUUGCUCUGCGAGACCACAUCACAACGUCCAGCAAUCGU